GCUCAACUUAUUCAUCCACAUACACCACUCCCACAACCGUCUAUAUCUCUCGCGCUGUCAAUCCUUGUCAUUGCGGAUACCGAAUCACUGCGCUGAUAUCACCUCCCGGACCCAUCACUUUCCACGAUUACGCGGCAUCCUUAUCUCAUCAAUCAUGGGUAACGACGGCGGCUCCAUCCCCAAGCGUCGCGAGCUCGUCAAGAAUGCGGCGCGCGCUCCUACAACAUCCGAGCUAAAAGCGACGGCCCUUGAAUCGCUCUCUCACGCCUGGGCUCACUGUGCUCUCAGCGGCGAAUUCCUCGACGUCGAUACUCUUGUCUCCGACUGGCGCGGCCGUCUGUACAAUUACGAAGCGAUUAUCAAAGGUCUUAUGCCCUCUGAUGAACCAGUUGACGUCACUCCUGCGAGCCUGGGUAUCAAGUCACUACGAGACGUGACCAAGCUGAAGGUAUCCAAGAAUGGCGACAAGUGGGUGUGCCCCAUCUCCAUGAAGGAGCUUGGCCCUGCUGUGAAGUCUGUCUACUUGGUACCCUGCGGCCAUGUCUUUGCCGAUGUAGCUAUGAAGGAGAUCCAAGAAAAGGCAUGUCCAGAGUGCGGUACUGAAUUCGAGCAAGACAACAUCGUUCCACUUCUUGCAAACUCCGAGGCGGAUAUCGAGCGAUUGGAGAAGAGAAUCGAGAAUCUCAAGAGCCAAGGGCUUACACAUAGCCUCAAGAAAGACAAGUCGGAAAAGAAGAAGAAGCGCAAGGGCGAGGAUGUGGAGAAAGAGGACAAGGCUGCGAAGGAUAAGAAGUCUGAAGAUGCCAGGAUAAGUGGUAUCAACAAUGAAUUUGCGGCAUCGUUAACGGCAAGAGUAUUGGCUGAGCAGGAUGAGAGGAAUAAGAGAAGAAAGUUGGUGGCAGAGUCUGCGAGACGGGAGACUGCUAGAGGUUGAGAAUAGGAUUACAGCACAUAAUGAUACCCAAAAUCAAUGAAUAUUUGCAACAAACGAAA